ACAAGAAGUGCCACAUCAUCAUAUUGCCAAUCCACGCCGUCGAUGUUAAUGUGCCCCACCACCCCUUCAGCAGCCGUGUCUCUCUCUUUCUGUCUCCCUCUGGAAACUUGCCUCACGUUCUCUUCAGCACGUUUUCCUUCUGUCCGGUUAAUGAAAUCUAGAUCCUCUGCAAUGGAAUAGCUCAUUUCAGAUUAGAUUUUGCUGCUGCUUUGAAGCAUUCGCAGACAGAUAUUAUCCUGAAUCAUGGCUUACCUCUCUAUGAGACAUACUCUGUCGUCCUUACCGAUUAAACACUUCACUCCUCUCACAAAAAUGCCCUGUAAUUGCUCGACUUUCAGCUCAUUGGUUACAAAAAGUGGGAGCAGAAGAAUUUUUCGUUCUUGUAGCACGUGGAAUCGGAAGUUUAGAUUAUUGAUUGAUCCGAAGCUUAGGGUUUCAUGUACAGUCCAGGAUAACGAAAAUCCAAGCGAAGGGGAAGAACCUCCUGAGUCAUUGUUUGUCAAAGAGUUAAAAAGACGAGGCAUGACUCCUACUUCAUUACUUGAAGAAAGCAACAAAAAGAUAUAUGAGAGUGGAACGACAAUCAAGGAAGAAGAUGGAAACUUAUUUCGUAAAAGUGCUGUCUCAACAGAAUCAGGAAGAAACUUAUAUAAUCAGAGAGAGCAGUCUAUGGCUCUAAAUAGUGAAGGCAUUGAGGGCUUAAUUCCGCGAGCUAAGCUUUUGCUUACCCUUGGAGGGUCAUUCUUUUUGGGAUUUGGCCCAUUGAUCCUAGUAAUCAUUGCAUUUUUCUCUGCUUUGUACGUGUAUUCUGGACCCAAAUUUAUCCACGACGCAAGCAACACCCACAUCACUCCGCCGAAAUAUGUUGAUCCUUAUGCACUCCUUGAAGAAGAAAGGAUAUCACAGAAGGCCAAUGAUCUAAAGUUCUAAAUCGAAGAAGUAAACCCCACUUUACAGAUGUGAAGUACUACGUACAUGUUUAUGCAUAUUUUGCCCUUUUGCUUAUUUUUCUUUUUGUUAGAAUCUAGGAUUUUACAAGUAGGUUUAUCUUUUCUCUGACGUGUAAAGUAUGCAUCUUAUUGCCGUGAUUUCGUGAAGGUGUCUUCAAAUGAAUUGGCUGGCUCUUUGUAUCAGCAGAAAUGCAUGUUUUAUAUCAUUAUUAUAUGAGCAGGAAUAGGCAGUUUGCAUUCAGUCUAAAUGUUCGUUCAUAUGUAGGCACAAUUGUUUUAUAUCAUUAUUAUAUGAGCAGGAAUAGGC